AUGUCUGGUUGUUUUAGUACUUCCCCAUAUAUUGUCUAUGCCGGUAAGAGUUUGAUGAGUACAUGGUGUAGAGGUGGUUCAGAUGGUACACAUUAUACGGUAACGUCACGGGGAUGGAUAGCCAGAAAAUACCAGUAUGGGUUUGAACAAAUUUUUAUUCCAUCAACGUCACACAUUAGUCGUCCAUUAUUACUCAAAGUUGAUGGUCAUACAUCUCAUAUUAGUUUAGAAUUAACUGAUAUCGCAGAAAAUAAGGUAGAAGAAGAAGAAGAGAAUAAGGGUUCGGACACGGAUAUGGAUCUCUCAAGCCGAAAGAUAGAUGAAGGUCAACGCUCAUUAUUGAGAAAAGGGUUGAACUUCAUACCGACUCAACCUUUGAAUGAAACUAAAGUUGUAUCGACGCUUAUAGCCGGGGUUCAAGCCGGUAUUUAUCGAAAAAGCUUAAGGGACAGAGAAGAUAUUGUUAGCGAAGUGAAAAAAGUGCUGGAGCAACAACUUAAAGCGGAUAAAAAGAAGGACUUUGAAAAAUUAUCUAGAAUGCAACGGAGAGCAAUCAGAAAACUAAAGGAGGAUGAAGAUAUUAUCGUGAUUCCAGCAGAUAAAGGAGGCAAAGUAGGCGUAAUAAACAUGACUCACUAUAUCAAGAGAAUACGAGGAAAAUUAGAUACAAAAGCGUAG